UUCUAAAAAUUUAUUUUUUAGUUUCUCUCUCCUCCUAAAAGUUCAAACUUCACUCUGUCUUUCUCUCUCUACUUCUUCUUCUUCUUCUUCUUCUUCUUCUUCUUCUUGGCUUCCUCUGCAAAUCCCUCUUCUCCCUGACUCAAACCCUUAUCUUUAAAUGUAUAGGUGGUAGAUAGUAUAUGAUGAUGAAACUUCAGAAUCAGUUUAACGGUGUUGGGAUUGAGAGUUUGGAGCAAAGGAGAAGAGAUAGUAUGGUUGGACCUAGAUCAAAUGGCACCAUUCGGCCCCGGCAAUCUUUUUCCAAUGGCCGCCGGGAAUCGUUUGCGGCUAGCGCCCCGCCGAGUGCUCCCGGCAGCAAUUCCGGUUCGGAUGUUGGUGCUCUUGACUUUAAUAAGGAAGAUGUUGAGGUCUUGUUGAAUGAGAGGAUGAGAACCAAGAACAAGUUCAAUUAUAAGGAGAGGUGUGAACAAAUGCUGGAUUACAUAAAAAGACUCCGGCUUUGUAUCAGAUGGUUCCAAGAGGUUGAAGGAGGGUAUCUCUUAGAGCAAGAUAAUCUCCGGGAAAUGCUGCAAUCAGCUGAGAUAAAAUGCUCAGAGAUGGAGAUGCUGAUGCAAAACAAGGAGGAAGAAUUGAAUGCAAUUAUCAUGGAGUUGAGAAAGAACUACAAUUUGUUGCAGGAUAAAUGUGCAAAAGAGGAAUCAGAUAAGAUGGCAUUGAUGGAUGACUUGUCAAGGGAUAAAGAGGCUAGGAUUGCUGCAGAAAGGUUGCAAACAUGUUUGUCCGAAGACCUUGAAAAACUUCGUCAAGAACAGCAAACUUCCAAUCAAAAGAUAGCUUCACUUAACGACAUGUACAAGAGAUUACAGGAUUACAAUACUAGUUUGCAGCAGUAUAAUAGCAAGCUUCAAACAGAACUUUCUACAGCCAAUGAGACCUUGAAACGUGUUGAGAGUGAGAAAGCUGCUGUAGCUGAAAACCUCAGCACAUUGAGGGGACAGUAUAGCUCAUUACAGGAGCAGUUGACUUCAUCCAAGGCAUAUCAAGAAGAGGCUGUCAAGCAAAAAGAGGCUUUAAUUAAUGAGGUGGGAUGUCUAAGAACAGAGCUACAACAGGUUAGAGAUGAUCGUGAUCGCCAAUUAUCACAAGUACAGACUUUGACAGAUGAACUAAGCAAGUACAAAGACUUCACUGGCAGAUCUGUUUCCGAGUUGGAUUGCCUCACAGAAAAAUCGAAUGAAUUAGAGCAGGCCAAGUGUUCGACGCAGAGUGACCUAGUCAGAACCUUACAAGAUCAGUUAGCAGCUGCGCACAAAAAACUGCAGAUGAGUGAUCUGUCUGCAACGGAGACUAGAAAGCAAUACGAAGAGCAAAACAUGAUUAUUUGUGACUUGCGGAAUCGAUUGGAGGAUGCAGAGGUGAAACUUGUCGAGGGAGAGAAAUUGCGUAAAAAGUUGCACAAUACUAUAUUGGAACUCAAGGGGAACAUUCGUGUUUUUUGCCGAGUAAGGCCUUUAUUACCUGUUGAAGGUUCUAAUACUGAUACCAAAGUCAUUGGUUUCCCCACAGCUACGGAAGCCUUGGGACGGGGAGUUGACUUGUUGCAAAAUGGGCAAAAGCAUUCCUUCAUGUUUGACAAGGUAUUUGUCCCUGAUGCUUCUCAACAAGAUGUAUUUGUGGAGAUCUCACAGCUUGUUCAGAGUGCACUUGAUGGCUAUAAGGUAUGCAUUUUUGCCUACGGUCAAACCGGCUCAGGCAAAACAUUUACCAUGAUGGGUAAUCCUGGAAACCCAGAUAGAAAGGGAUUGAUUCCUCGAUCAUUAGAGCAGAUAUUUGAGACAAGACAGUCACUGAAAGCGCAAGGCUGGAAAUAUGAUUUGCAGGUGUCCAUGUUGGAAAUCUAUAAUGAGACAAUCCGUGAUUUGUUGUCUCCACAUAAAUCAAACUCAUUUGAUAAUGGUACUCCCGGAAAACAAUACACUAUCAAACAUGAUGCAAAUGGCAACACACAUGUCUCUGAUCUUACCCUAGUUGAUGUUCGAAGCUCUAAAGAGGUCGCAUAUUUGUUGGAUAAGGCUGCCCAAAGCAGGUCAGUGGGCAAGACGCUGAUGAAUGAACAAUCAUCACGUAGUCAUUUUGUUUUCACGUUACGUAUAUCUGGUGUCAAUGAGAGCACUGAGCAACAAGUACAAGGUGUACUUAACUUAAUUGACCUUGCUGGAAGUGAGCGCCUCUCGAAGAGUGGGUCCACUGGAGAUCGACUGAAGGAAACUCAGGCCAUCAAUAAAAGCUUAUCCUCUCUAAGCGAUGUCAUAUUCGCUUUGGCGAAAAGGGAGGAUCAUGUGCCAUUUAGAAACUCCAAACUGACUUAUCUCCUACAGCCUUGCCUUGGUGGGGACUCGAAGACCUUGAUGUUUGUGAACAUCUCUCCUGAAAACUCCUCGUUGGGAGAGUCAUUGUGUUCGCUCCGAUUUGCAGCCCGAGUUAAUGCUUGUGAGAUUGGAAUUCCCCGGCGACAAACCAAUAUGCGGUCCUCAGAUAAUCGUCUGAGCUAUGGUUAAUCUUCUGAUCAAGAUCAGCUUUGUUCCUGUGAUACAGCAGGUUGUGCAUUUUGUAUUUUUCGUUGCUAAUCUUCACCCUCUGAAGCGUAAAAUAAAGACUAGAAGAGCAGGGAAGAACAAGGAAAGAAACAUCGAUCGAUAAUUCUAACGUAGGUGAGAAAUGAUUUUGUAUAGUAGUUAGUAUAAAUGGAAAUGUUGAAUAUGUAAUUUCUGAUAUCGGGGCUUCAUUUUAAACGUUACACUGAGGCUGAUGUUUAUUUUUUCUCCUCAUGUGUAUUUAUAAUUUUAAUACUUAUGUGAAUCUGUUCAUGUAUUUUUACUCGAACCACGGAUAAAUAUAUCAGUGAUCUCUAUCUUGCUUAGUA